GCGCGCGAGAAAUUUAUUAGCGCUCUCGUCGCCGAAAAUGGUAACGCCAAACAUAUAACAACCGCGAAGGCCGCGUAUCCAGGUCUCGCGAAACAGAUCAUCGCCACCGAAACCGGCGAGUCGCAGAUCCUCGACGAGGGUACAGCAAAACCUGCAUGCCUACUGUAAGACAGAUAAUUGACUGUCUUGUUGCUGCUCGACCCAUGCCAAUCCGAUGCGGCCCCUGCCUUACUGCUAAAUGUUCUAAUACUGCUACUAACAAUCGCGAUAGUAAUGGCGUUAGUAGCACGGCUAACAGCAACAACAUCGACAACUACAUCAACAACAACAAGAGUUUACACGCCUACGAGAAUAUUCAGAGCUUUAGUAUACGCGAAAAUAUUCCUAUUAGUUGCGCGAUUAAUCGCGAUUAGAAUUUUCGUUUCUGUGCAGUGCUGGGGAAAUUUGAUAAAUCUUUUCCAUAUCUCGAAUCACAAUUUAAAUUUUUACUGAAAUUUGUUAGAAUAGAGAAAAUAAAUUUAUUAAUAAUAUUUUUUUUUAAUCGUAAAAC